CUUCGAACUCUUAUUCUUUCCGUUCACUAUUUGUAAUCUUAAAUUUGAAUGGAUUCUAAAAAUCUGUUAAAUUCUUGCAGAGUCCAAAAAAAUUAAAUAUGGAUAAAUUCGAUUUUUUUGGUUCGAUUUCUUCUGAUUUACCCAUUUCGGUUAUUCCUGGUAUGACUUCUACAAAAAAAUCAUCAAUGAUACAGCUGUCAGAAAAAUCACAACAAACAACUUUACCACCAGAUCUGCUGAUAAGAAUUCUUAAAUAUCUUCCAAUUGCUUCAUUACCUAAUUUUGCAAGAGCAUGUAGACGUUUUAAGGUUUUGGUAUAUGAUGACGAGUUAUGGGAGCAGCGUUUAAAAACAUUAGGAGUAUGGAAAGAUUAUGAAAAUGGUGAUAUUAUGAAUGCUCCUGUAGAACCAUUAUAUGUUAAUGCAAAACAUACUGUAAAAGGAAAAGACAAUAAUAAAUUUAAUCAAGAUUCAAAAUUUUCCGAAUUUGAUCCUUUUGCUUCACCUCCAUCUUCUCCAACAACACCUAAUAAUACUGGAAAUUUAUUAGAUUUUGCAAUAACAACUGCAAAUUCUUUAAUUCCUGGUCUUCCUCUUGAUUCAUUUUCACAAAAAUCUCGUGCUGCAUCUACUGGUUUUGCGAGAUCUUCAUUUAAAAAUAUCUUUUUAGAAUUAUUACCAUAUUAUUUAGAUUUUAGGCAUAGAAGGAAGGAUAGUAGAUUAUUUAAAGAAUAUAAUGAUCCAUCAGAUCAAUCAAAAAUGUUGGCAAGAUUAUUAAGUUUUGGAAAAUUAAAUAUAACGUUAGAUUCUGAACAAAUUAAUAAUGCACUUGAAACUACCAUCGAAUAUUUUGAAAAUUCAGCGUUACACCAUUUUGAAUUAGCAUAUAACGUUCAAAAUAUUUCAGAGAUGCAGAAAUGGGCAACUAUUCUUUUAAAUUUGAAUGGAGGUUCGGCAUGUAUACAGGUCUUCAUACAAAAGAAUUCUAUUUUCUUUGAUCAUCUUUAUGAUCCAAUGGAUAAUUUUACAUGUUUAACAAUUUCUAAUAUCGGUGAAUUAAAUUAUAUGCAAAUGACAGAAUUUUUUAAUUAUGUUGAAGAAGAAAUGAAUAAGCAAGCUUCCUUGAUUAGUCAAAUAUUUCCUCAAGAUGCCGACGUAUUUUAUACUUUUGUUGAGCGUGUUGUUGAGGAUGUUAUUAUAGAGUACAUAACAAUACUUUUGGAAGAAUCUUGUAGGAGAGAUAUUAGCUUGUAUUUGAAAACAGUUGUAGCAACUCAUCAACGUUGCAUACAUGUCGCAAAAGUUCUUUGGAAAGAUGCUAAACCUGGAUUAACAAAGAUAAGAGCGGAAGACCUUAUAUAUCAAAUGUUCGAACCUUUUAUGGAUAAAUAUUUAAAAGAAGAAUUGAAUUAUGUUAAGACGCGGAGCGAAGAUGAAAUCGAAAAAUGGAAUCAAAAGUUGAUAAAUAAAUCGAUGGAAGCGCAACAGGAUAUUCUUAAUAAUGCCAACCGAGAGAUUUACAAACGUAAUUAUCUUACCUCUUUUCGGAAAAUACUCAAGCUUCCAACAGUACGUUCACGUCAUUCUUCACCAGUGCAAUCAUCAUCAUCAAAUAUUUCUCGUAAUAAACGAAAUAGUGCUUCGAGCAUCACUAGUUCCAAUCCUACCUUAAAUCUAACAGACCUUCAAUCAGCUUUAUCGAAUGCUAAAUUGGAUAAGAUGCAGCAAAUGCUUAGUUUGGAGACAGCUUUACAAAUGGUUCACGUAAACAAAGAUUCAUUACGUAGAGUAUCUUCCUUUACUGGAUAUCCUGAUAAGAUGGGAUAUAGAAUUAAAGAAACUUUGGAAUCAAUAUUCAUUACUCUUCUUCAAACAUUAGGACCGUUACAUAUUAAACCAGCAUUUAAUACUGCCAUAAAACGUCUCGGUGAUUUUAAAUCAGAUAAAUCAGAUUCAGAAUCCACAUCAUCUGACCUUGCGCCUUUGGUAGGAUUCUUUGAAUUGGUUCAUAUUGCUGAUUUAAUCCAACAAAUGGUGCAAGUAUAUUAUGACGAAGAAAUGAAUAAAUUUAUAGAUAAAACGGAUUUUUUGAAUAAUUGUAAUAAGGAAAAAAAAGUCUUUGAAAAGAUUCUUGAUGAGAGUGUUGCUGCCGGAUUAAACAAAGGAAUUCAGGUUUUAAUAGAUCACGUUGAAUUUAUUCUUGCCACGGAACAAAAACCGGAAGAGUUUAAACCAGCAAAUGAUGAUUCAUUUGAUUUACAACCAACGAAGGCAUGUAUCGAUGCUGUCGAGUGUCUAUCUAACCAUACUAAAUUAGUUAUCGGUUGUUCGGAUAAACAUACUUUGGAUGUGUUUUUUCAAGAAAUUGGUCUUCGGUUUUUUGGAACUUUAACAAAGCAUAUUAAAAAAUUUACAGUGAGCUUAAGUGGUGGAUUUCAAGUCAUUAGUGAUCUGAAUCAUUAUUGUUCAUUUAUUAUUUCACUACGGCAACCAAAUAUUACACCAUACUUUAUCGCACUCAAAGAACUUGGAAAUAUUUAUAUUAUAUCAAAUGCACGUGAUAUAGGGUCAUUUGUAAGGGAAGCAGACAGAUUUAAUGGUGUUUUACAUGCUGAAGAUGUAUAUGAAUUUUGUCAAAAACGUGAGGAUUGGAUGAUAAUUAAAAAAGAAGUAGACAAAGAAUUAUAUGGAUUAAAAGCGGAAGAUUGUACGAUUAUGUAAAUUAUAAUGAAUAUUUUUAAAAUAUUUGUAUCAAGUGAUGUAAGUCACGCGAACUUAAUUAUUAAUAUCAAAUGUACAUUUUAGUAUUGUAAAUUUUAUGAUAGUUUGUAUUUAAUGUUGCAUUUGUUUUUUUAUUAACCGGGUUUCCAUAUGGAAACUAAUGCGAGCCAUUUCCUUUACUUAUGGUUACACCAUAUAAAAAAAAAAAAGACUUUAAUAUUAAGGUUUUAAUGUUUAUUUAACUUAAAAUAAGUUCUAUCUAUAUUCUAUCUAAAAUAAAAU